AAAGGAUCUCAUGUGUAACAAACGAAGACUUUGCUCCUCCACCCGAUCCUCAUUCACUCAUAACGCCCUGCGUACCCCUCCGCUCCUGUCGCGCCGUCGAUUUCUCGUUCGGACUCGAGCACAGUCAAGUCAACAAGAUCUGCCACGUUAAAUGGCAGAUGGUGCAUUCCGGUUCCAUCAGCCUGGGGCCGGGCAAUUCUACCCUGCGCAACACACUACCCAUCGUAACCAAAACCGAGCAUCCUCACCUUCAGGCCGAAGACCAUUCAGCAACGACACGCCGUCGCCUUCACGAUCGCCCGUAAAUCCUUCCAUUGCUCACAAUUUCAACAUGUACUCGCAGAAUGGAUAUCAAGGUCAACAUGGAAUGAUGAACGGUGCGCAGAGUCACCAGCGGCAUGGAAACAUUCACAUACCAAAAUACCAGCCACCUUACCAUACACAACACCACGUGAAUCAGCAUCAUGGACAACACCAGCAUGGGGCGCAUUUGGGUCAUCAGCAGAAUCUCUCACAAGGCGGUUAUCAAUCCUCUACACCCCACCUUCCUUCCUACGCGCACGAACAUCUCCAGAAUGGGAAUGGCAACGGAACGCCUCACGAUGAUGCGGACGAACCAGACAAUGAGCACUGGCGGGAACAGAAACAGUACUGGGAAGAAAGCAAAGAUCUCAACGGGCCUAAUCAGCGCGCACGUACGGUUGCACACCACUCGAAGGGCGUCAACUAUGUGCCAUUGGGAGCCGCUGCUGAGGAUAUGUCAACGGACAUCACGCGAAAUACGACAACUUCCGGCAACGGUGCAGGCAGACAAACCUGGGAUGAGCUUGAUCUAGGCGGCCAGGGCCUGUGUGCACUUUCUCCCGUGCUGUUCCACACUUCGUACCAUUUUCUCAAACGACUCGACCUUGUAUAUAAUCAGCUAGAGACACUACCACCGGAGAUUGGACGCUUGAAAGGCUUGGAGCACCUCGACGUUUCCUUCAAUCAACUCACCGAGCUGCCCGAAGAGAUAGGAAUGUUGACGAAUCUCAAACAACUCCUGCUCUUCAACAACCACAUUCAAACACUCUGUUAUGAACUCGGAUUCUUGUACAAAUUGGAAGUACUUGGUGUUUAUGGCAAUCCGUUGGAACAAGGGCAACGCGACAAAAUCACUGAAGGCGGAACGAGAAAGCUGAUAGAACAUUUGCGAGAGAGCAUGCCAGAGCCUCCACCUCCUCGAGAAAGAGAGUGGCAUCAACUGGAGGAGGUUUCUGACGACGAUCCUUCGCAAGAUACGAUCAAAGCAUUGAAUUACAACAUUCUGUGCGACCGUUAUGCCACGCAACAGCAAUACGGCUACGUUCCGGAACGUGUACUGACUUGGGGCUACCGCAAAACACUCAUCCUUGAAGAGAUCCGUGAAAUAAAUGCCGACAUAGUGUGUUUGCAAGAAUUGGACCGAACCUCUUAUGACGAGUUCUUCCGUGGCGAAUUGUCGAUCUCUGGAUACAAAGGAUAUUUCGCACAGAAGGGUCGCGCCGAGACUCUGGGCGAGCUGGCCAAGUUCGUUGACGGCUGCGGCACGUUCUGGAAGGAUAAGAAGUACAUGGUGUUGGACACCCAACAUCUCGUACUUGGUAGAAAGGCAGUCGAACGACCAGGCGCAAAAGCUUCUGCGGACAUGUUGAACAGAGUCUGGCAAAGAGACGAUAUUGCCACUGUUGUGUUCUUGGAAAACCGCGUGACAGGGUCUCGAACUAUCGUCGUCAAUGCCCACAUCUACUGGGAUCCAGCCUACAAAGAUGUGAAACUGAUUCAAGCGGCCGUCCUGAUGGAGGAGCUUUCGAAACUGGCGGACAGAUACGCGAAGUUCCCACCUGCGACGAACAAGCAAGCGUUCAGAUUCUCAGAUGCCGAAGACGCUCCUCUCCCAGAUCCUGGACCAUCGUUAUCAUACACCAGCGGUCCUCAGAUACCGAUGAUCAUCUGUGGAGAUUUCAACUCAGGAUCGGGAUCAGCCGUUUACGACUUGUUUACGAAGAAGGGAAUAAUUGCUGAACAUGCCGAUCUGGAUGGUCGCGACUAUGGUGCAUUCUCACGCGCUGGAAUGUCACAUGCGUUCACCUUGAAAUCAUCGUACGGAGCCAUUGACAACGAGAUGCCCUUCACGAAUUACACACCGUCUUUUGUCGACGUCCUGGACUAUAUCUGGUACUCCAGUACUAGCCUGAGGGUGGUUGGUCUUCUGGGCGCUAUCGACCCGGAGUAUCUGAAGCGGGUUCCUGGCUUCCCUAACUUCCAUUUCCCAAGCGACCAUAUCGCAAUAGUGUCUCAAUUCAAAGUCGAGAAGCAGAGAACAGCACAAAAGGCUGUCGAAGCUGACUUCGGACCCUCGUCCGGCAAGAAAUAGCGUCUUCUAGCCAACUACAUGCCAGAUUGGAGGGGAGGCUCACCGCCUUGCUGUGCUGCCGUUAUCGAUAAGCAUCGCUAAGAUGGGAGGUUCGACAGGGUCGGCGACAGAACAGGAACAGACUGGAUGGCCGUUGGGACAACGUCUUUUUGGUGUGGAGAGCGACCUGACUGACAAACAAUUCACAUUCCACGAAUCUUCUCUGUACUCUUUGUUUCUCCGCUCUCCGCAAUCAGCCGUCUACCAAUGG